CCUUUACUGUACAUCAGAGGAGCCAUGGGAGAUAUUUUGAGAUAACCAUUGUUCCGUCCCCUCAUUUGCCUCUUCUUUGGUCACAGAGAGAAUCUACAAGAUAAAUGGCAUUGGGGAAUUAUACCACAGUGACUGGCUUCAUCCUCCAGAGAAUAACAGAAAAUCCAAAGCUGCAAAUCAUCCUCUUCAUGGCAUUCUCCUUCAUCUAUUUCUGCACCCUGGUGGGGAAUCUAGGGAUGAUCAUGUUAAUCCAUGUUGAUCCCCGACUCCACACCUCCAUGUAUUUUUUCCUCAGCAGCUUGUCUCUCUUAGAUAUUGGCUACUCCUCUGUGAUUGCCCCAAAGACACUGGUCAUCUUUUCUACAGAGACUAAAGACAUUUCUUUUGCAGGGUGUGUGGUUCAGUUUUUCUUCCUCUCUCUUUGUGCCAACACCGAGCUUUGCCUCCUGGCAGUGAUGGCCUACGAUCGCUUUGUAGCCAUCUGCAAACCAUUGCUUUAUCAUGUAGUUAUGUCCAGGAGAGUCUGCAUCCAGUUGGUGGUGGGCUCUUAUCUCUAUGCUUUUGCCAAUGCAAUCACCCACACUAGUUCUUUGUUUUCUCUGUCCUUCUGCCACUUCAAUGUCCUUGAUCAUUUCUUCUGUGACAUCCCUCCUCUCCAAAAGAUCUCAUGCUCCAACACUCGCAUCGAUGAGCUGGUGCAUUUCACCUUUGCAGCUAUAGCAACCAUUGUAACCAUUGUGAUCAUCCUUGUCUCCUACACAUAUAUCAUCUUUGCCAUCCUGAGGAUCUGCUCUUCUAAGGGCAGGCGCAAAGCCUUCAACACCUGCGCCUCCCACCUGACGGUCGUUGCUCUGCUGUAUGGGACUCUCUUCUUUAUGUAUCUGCGCCCCAGCUCCAGUAACUCAGCAGAUCAGGAUAAAGUGGUGGCUGUGUUCUAUACCCUGGUGAUCCCCAUGCUGAACCCCCUGAUCUACAGCCUGAGGAACAAGGAGGUGAAGGACGCCUUGAGGAGAACAAUAUAUCAGAAAAUUAUUCCUCGCUGUAUGUAAAUAUGGGGACUUUUUUACUGAUCAGUAUUGGAGCACAAGCAUGAGCUAGUUCUAAGUCAUUAAGUCAACAUGCAGAAAUAUCCUUCAUUAUUUGAUGUACAGGAGAAGACAAUAAAGAAAUGGAAACUUGAGCCAGAUAAUGCAGGAAGGUGUAAUUUCACUUGAUAACAAUGUCCAGUAACAGUGUUACAGCUUUUCCAUUAUGCAUUGUUAUGUGAUGUCUGCAAGAAUAAGUAUCUUCCUCAUUUGUUUCAUUUGCUACCAAACUGUGUCAGCUAGUGUAUCAAGAGACACAAAGAGAUGAUAUCAAGAAUGUAAUUUUUUUGGUUUAUCACCUCAGUACCCACAUCCCACACCAACCAUCACUUUACAAGGAAAUAAAGUACAGUGUAUAUGUGGAGGUAUAUUUGUAGAUAGACUGACAGAUUGAUGGUUAUGCACAGGGCUGGAUGGGUAGCUAGACAGAUCGAUGUGUGGAUAGACAGACAGACAAACAUCAUUGUGUACACACACAUGCAAGAGGAAGGAUGACCCAUUGGCCAACCUAAGACUAAUGAGGUCUGAGUUCAAGUUCCUGCCAUGUGACCUUGAUUAGGUCACUGAGAACCAGUUUUUCAAUGUGGGUUAGGGGCCUAAAUUCCUUUAAGAAUCUUGGUCGCAGGGCUUGUCUACACAUGAAAUGCUAUGGAGGCACCUCUGUAUUCCUGAAGUUCUACAGUGUAAGCACUACCUAUGCUUAUGGGAGGGGUUUUCCGUUGGUGCAGAUAAUCAGUCUCCCCGCGAGGCGAUAGCUAGGUCAACAGAAGAAUUCUUCCUUGACCAAGCACUGUCUACACUGGGGGUUGGGUCGGUACAGCUACAUCCCUCAGGGGAGUGGAUUUUUCUAAUUAAAAUUCCUAGUGUAGAACAGGCCUUAGGGACGUGCUCUUAUUCCCAUUUUACAGCUGGGGAAGUCAGGCCCAGAGAGACUAUCUCACAGGGGAGUAAGUACAUUGAAGAUUGUGAGAUGUGCGGCUACUGAAGGAGCAAUAAGAGUAGAUAAGAUCACGUAUUACACCAAAGUAGCCACCUAGCUGUAUACUUACCGGUCUACAUUUGAAAAGUGAGUACUGAUUUUGGAUGCUUCCAUUUUUCAGUUCCCAACCUGAGACCACUUCCCGGGACUGGGUUAUCAGACAGCACUGAGCACCUGCCCUCUAAAACCUUUCUAAGAGGUCUCAGCUUGGGCACCCAAAAAUUGAAACACCCAAUACUAUAGCAGAAUGAGAACUCAGCUAUAGUUAAGACCAGCUUUCUGUUUAAAACUUGACUGUUCUAAGUGCUCUAAAAGCUACACCACAGUUACUCAGAUUGCCUCACAAUUUGGUGUGCCUCAUGGGGGUAUGGGGCUCUGCUACAAACCCAAAUUUGGGGCCAUUUGAUCACAGAGUUCCAGAGAUACCCUAGCCCCAAAGAGCUUUUCUUAAACUUAACAGAUUCUAUACUUCUCCUUACCCAACAUUAAAUCUACAGACUGCUCUUGUCUCCUGCCUCACUAUUGACAAUACCCAUGACAAGAAAAACCCGCUGCCCUGCUACUGACAUAACCUACUCAAUUUGGUAUUGAAAUGAUGUAGCCUUAAGGGACACAUGCACCUGUCAGGGAUGGUCCAGAUAAUACUUGGUCCUGCCUCAGUGAAGGGGACUGGACUAGAUGAACUAUUGAGGUCCUAUCCAGUGCUAUAUUUUUAUGAUUUAUAUCAGGAGUUCUCAACCUUUCCAGACUACUGGACCCCUUUCCAGGGGUGGAUUUGGUCUCAUGUACACCCAAGUUUCAUGUCACUUAAAAACUACUUGCUUACAAAAUCAGACAUAAAAAUACAAGUGUCGCAACACACUACUACUGAAAAAUUGCUUACUUUCUCCUUUUUAAUCAUAUAAUUAUAAAAUAGAUUGCACCCCUCCCAUUGAGAAACACCGAUAUAGUACAGAGAGCAGUAUAAAGAAGCCAUUGUCUGUAUAUAAUUUUAGUUUGUACUGACUUCGUUAGCACUUCUCAUGUAAUCUGUUGUAAGACUAGGCCAAUAUCUAGAUGAGUUGAUGUACCCCCAGGGCUGCGCGUACCCUGGUUGAGAACCAUUGAUUGAUAUGACUCCUUUCCUUCGAUCACACACACUGGAGGACUGAGAUCCAUGUCUUGUCAUAUCUCAGUCACAGCUCUAGGAUGCUUCUCAGACGAAUCCCCAGAUCUCCACAUAUCACAAUCACAGCACUUCCAAGCUGCUCCAACUUAUUCCUCUGCCAUUCCGUACAUCUACCAUACAGUACAGUCAAUGCAGCUGGAGUGCAAGCAAAUCAUUCCCAGUGGUUAUUACCAGCUCCAGUGGGCAGAGUUACGGUUGUGUGGGCAUUUCCCUGAACUUUGUAUUUCCUGGUAUUCACAAGUUUGAGUUUUGCUGAAUUCAACAUUCUGGAAUGGCACGAGCCAUCAUCGGGCAACCAGAACUCUGUGUUAAUGUAGGGUUUCUUCUGGCCAUUUAUUCACU